GGCGCAUGUGUUUAGCAGCUGAACACUUCUUGUGAAACGAAGAAGAGAAGCAUCCAACGGAAUUGCCCAGGCAUGUCCGGACUGUCCACGUGCUGCCUCAGAAGAAAUGAAUUUAAGGGCUUCUCAGCAACCACUGGUAUUUGUGUUAAAAAGCUGUGAAGCUUCAUGCUAUGGAGAAUGCAAGAGCAGCGACAAAGUGUCAGAAGAUAAUUGUCAAUAUGCAGAGGAAAAGAAGAGACAACCACUGUGAACCACUGGGUACAAAUAAAUUGGUUAAAAAAUCAAAAUGGAGCAAUUCAAUGCAGGAAUGUCAAAACACUCAGAUCUCUGAAAACAGGAGCACCGAUGCCUCUGAACCUGGACGCUCUGUGUUUGUACGUAAACCUGCUGACCACCACAGUUUAGUCACAGCCCUCAGAGACAGCUGGGAGGUGGACAGCGGCUUCUCCUCCGAGGCCAGUCCUCCAGCCAGCGGUCGCAGUUCACCGUGCCUCAGCUCAUGCCCAACCACAGUGGUGACGUUGGACUGUGAGAUGGUGGGGACGGGGCCUGGCGGGCGCUGCAGUGAACUGGCCCGCUGCAGUAUCCUGGACUAUCACGGCAACGUCCUGUAUGACAAAUACAUCCAGCCGUGUCAGCCUGUCACGGACUACAGAACUCCCUGGAGCGGCAUCCAGAGGCGUCAUCUGAACAACGCUACACCCUUCGUUCAGGCCAGGGAGGAGAUCAUGAGCAUACUUGAGGGCAAAGUGGUCGUGGGUCACUCCGUCUACAACGACUUUGAGGCACUGGACAUACUCCAUCCAUGUCACAUGGUCAGGGACACGUGUACUACACAUCUCCUCAGCCGGUUGGCCGGAUUUCCCCGAAAACGCUGCCCUUCGCUCAAAAUCCUGUCCGCUAAACUGCUGAACAGGAAGAUACAGGUUGGGCGGAGAGGUCACUGUUCGGUGGAGGACGCUCGGGCCACACUUGACCUCUACAAGCUGGUGGAGGGUGAGUGGGAGCAGGAGCUGCAGAACAAUCUGAGGGACGACGACGCUCCACAAGAGCCCAGCUUCGCCUCCUCCAACCACUACAUGAAGGACGAGUACUGGCCUGAUGAUGUCACAGCUGACAGCCAAUGACGAAAGGGUAUUCAUGCGACAUUUAGUGGGAAACGCCAAGUUCCAGUUGGGUGGUGAUGUUCUUCAGAGCAGAUUCAGAUCUCUAUUAAUAAAGUGAAUGAAAAACACAAGUAUAGUCAAAUCUGGGGGCUAAAAUUAUCCUCAUAGUCUCAUAUGAGAAGAUGCUGGGUGACCUCCGGGAAAACUUACUUGAACGAAAUCACUUGUUAACUUAUUAUUGUUGAACAUGUUAAACAUGGUCGAUGUUCCUAACAGCAUAUUUCUGCUGUGAUACCAGAUGCUUGCAGAGUUGAUAUUAAUCAAGUUGAACUGACUUGAUCAUGAUUAUAGUAUGAAGUGUUGGUGAUAUGCAGAGUUUUUACAGUCUCUGCUCUUACGUGUGAGUGAAAAAUGUGCAACUAUUAACACGGCAUGAGACUAAUCUUAGGCCACAGAUUUGGAAAAUAACUGUAUUUUUCAGUUUGUACUUUCUUGAAAUACCUCUGUACACAACAUGUGAACAUUUCACAGGAGGCUGCUUUUAAGAUGUUUUAUCACUUUCAUGUCAAGUGUUUCAUGUAUUAAGUGUUGGAAGUUACCUCAUUGUUGCUACUCCUAAAAGUUCUAAUAAAAUGACAUCAUGUUAAUAUAAA